UUUGUAAUAUGCAGUGAUUUUUCUGUAUUGACUCGUUGAACAUCAGACAUUCAACACCGAAUGACUGUCAAAGACACUUCAUUCUAUUCUGACCCAACAUAAACAAGAGAAGAGAAAGUAUUUAUUUUGGGAAGAGUACAAAACAAAGAUAUGAAGAAGAAAGACGUGGCAACCAGACACGACUAAGCACCAUGAGAGAGAGAGAAGAAUCUUCCCUUCUUCGUUCUUCAUACGGUUGGUUAAACGUGCACCCAUUCCCCCCCUCUCUCUCUCUACAUUCAAAUAAAACCCCCAAUUCUCGAUUCAUCAUCCUCAUCACAAACAUAAUUCCCCUUUUUCUUCCUUCUUCUCCAAUGCCCAUUUCUUUCCUCCACCGCUUCUCUCUCGAUCCCCCGCACUGCCGCACCGCCGCUAAAUGGACUGCCCUAUUAACGCUAACCGCCGCCGUGGCCUCCUUCGCUCCGGAGUUCAUUUUCGCUAAUGCAACGUCGCUCCAUUCCUCCUUCUCCAGAUCCUGUCGGCGUGAUGGCUACAUCAGGAUCCCACUCGACCUUCCCGGCGAUGUUCUGUGCUUGCCGGCGAACAUGGUGAAUCGAUCCAGUUUGGAUUUCUUCGUACCUACGGUUUUUGCGGCUCUCGGAGUUGGCGUUUCGGCUUGUUUCGUUAGAUCCUUGGGAUUGUGGGAAGAAUUUUGAGAUUUCUGGAUAAGCUAAGGAAAAUUGGUAUAGAUAGCAAAAUUUAUGGUGUGGUUUUAAAAAAUGUAGAAAAAAAGAAAAAAAAAAAAAAAAGAAUUGUUAUAUAUAGGUUUGAUAGGAUGUAUAUUGAUGGCAAUUAUUUUACAUAUUUAUGUUUAUUGAUUAAAUAUUAUAUAUACGCUUCAUUUAUUUUUAUGUA